AUGUGGACCAAUGAUAAGUGUGCAGUGGUAUUACUGUAUUCGCGUGGACCAAUGGAAAGUGUGCAGUGGUAUUACUGUAUCAGUGUGGACCAAUGGAAAGUGUGCAGUGGUAUUACUGUAUCAGUGUGGACCAAUGAUAAGUGUACAGUGGUAUUACUGUAUCAGUGUGGACCAAUGCUUGGUGAAUUAGUAUUCAUUGAUUUGAUACUACAGCGUGAUGUAGCUGGCACUAGCGUAGAAGAAACCAUCAAAUCUCUGGAACUUGCUCAAAAUGACCAAUGUUCUUCUUCAUAUCUAUUGGUUCAUACUACAUCAGGAAAAAAGUGGAGUCUGCUGCUUGAAUUACGACAAAGCAUGUUUUUUGCAGACACUGACCUAUCUCAGAGUUUUGAGCUACUGGCAGGAACUACUGUGCCAUUAGAAAGUUUUCUUCAAUCUGAUGAGGUCAGAACUGAUUUCACUCCUGCUGCAUUCAAGCAGUUCUCCAACUUUGUCAUGUUGUCUGUGCAGCGUGCUAAGGGUAAAAGUUUUGUUGCAGCUCAUGAUGCAGAAAAUAACAUAUACAAGGUAUUUGAUGGCAGUAUUGACAACUGGUUACCUUUAUAUGUAUAUCAAGUACUACCAAACAGCAAACAUAUACUAUUGACUGAUAGACUGAUGUUUUCCAUCAUUAGGCGUGAGCCUGAGGGACAGGUGCACUUAAGUGUUAUAUCCAACCAAAUGUCAGAAACUUCUUCCCCAACAACUGAAGGAGACACUGAUGCUAUUGUACAGAUGUUCUCACUUCCCGCCAAUGAAGUAAUUCUGGAAGUGUACAAGGAAAGCUUUCCUCCACAGUACUUGAUUAACCUGGAAAGAAGACAUCGGGAAGAACAGAUGGACAGCAUGGGGGAGGUGAAACGUACCACGGCAGCUAAUCAGGUCUCUGAAACAGAAUGUCAUACUGUUUUAGAUGGCUGUCUAGUCAUAACCAAUGCUGCUAUUUACCAAUGUAGACCAAGGUAA